AGUUGCCAAAAGCACAAAGACCAGGAGAUAAGGAAAAAAUGCAUUUUAUCCUAUGGAAAAAUUAUUAUACGGUCAAAUGCAAAUCCUAAGUCCUGAGGAAAAGCUAAGGUAGAGAAUGACUUCACUCCAUCUCCUUCAAGCAACCCCACACUCCUUAAGCUCUCCGCCUAGGUCGUACCCAUCACCACUGAAUGGCCUUGAAACAUGCUCAACCAUGGCUGAGCUCAAGCAAUAUCACUCCCAACUCAUUCGACUCGGCCUUUCAGCCGAUAACGAUGCCAUGGGCCGUGUCAUUAAGUUCUGUGCUGUAUCCAAAAACGGUGAUUUGGGUUAUGCCCUCCAAGUGUUUGAUACAAUUCCUCACCCAGAUGCUUUCAUCUACAAUACCAUAAUGAGAGGAUACUUGCAGUACCAACUCCCCAGAAAUUGCAUUCACUUGUACUCACAAAUGUUGCAAGACUCUGUUGAACCCAAUAGAUUUACGUUCCCUUCUGUAAUUAGAGCCUGUUGCAACGAUAAUGCUAUUGAAGAAGGGAAACAAGUCCAUGCUCAUGUUGUGAAAUUUGGGUUUGAAGCAGAUGGGUUUUCUCAAAACAGUUUGAUUUAUAUGUAUGUGAAUUUUCAGUCUUUGGUGAAAGCAAGAAGGGUUUUUGAUAAGAUGCACGUGCGGGAUGUUGUGUCCUGGACUAGUUUGAUUACAGGGUAUUCAAAAUGGGGAUUUUUAGAUGAAGCUUUUGAAGUUUUUGAGCUGAUGCCUGAGAGGAAUUCUGUCUCUUGGAAUGCCAUGAUUGCCGGUUAUGUCCAGAGCAAUCAGUUUCAUGAGGCAUUCACUUUAUUUGAUAGGAUGCAAACUGAAAAAGUAGUGUUGGAUAAAUUUGUUGCGGCUAGUAUGCUUUCGGCUUGUACAGGAUUAGGAGCUCUAGAUCAAGGGAAGUGGAUACAUGGGUAUAUUAAAAGGAGUGGAAUUGAAUUGGACUCAAAGCUUGCAACAACUAUAAUUGAUAUGUACUGCAAAUGUGGUAGCUUGGAGAAGGCUUUUGAAGUUUUCAAUGGGUUGCUUCAUAAAGGGAUUUCAUCAUGGAAUUGUAUGAUUGGGGGGUUAGCAAUGCAUGGUAUGGGAGAGGCUGCUAUUCAGCUAUUUAAGGAGAUGGAGAAGGAGAAGGUAGCUCCUGAUAACAUCACUUUUGUGAAUGUCCUCAGUGCAUGUGCUCAUUCAGGGUUAGUUGAAGAGGGCAGGUAUUACUUUAGUUAUAUGGUUGAAGUUCAUGGUAUUGAGCCCACAACAGAGCAUUUUGGAUGCAUGGUUGAUCUGCUUGGAAGAGCUGGAAUGCUAGAGGAAGCAAGUGAGCUCAUUAGCAAGAUGCCCAUGAGCCCUGAUGUAGGUGUAUUGGGUGCUCUCCUUGGAGCCUGCAAAAUCCACAAGAACUUUGAGUUGGGAGAACAAAUAGGAAAGAGGGUAAUUGAACUAGAGCCUAAGAAUAGCGGGCGCUAUGUGUUGUUAGCUAAUUUAUAUGCCAAUGCUGGUAGAUGGGAAGAUGUUGCUGGUGUAAGAAAAUUGAUGAAUGACAGAGGAGUGAAAAAGGUUGCUGGUUUUUCCAUGAUUGAAUUGGAGGGAGUGGUCAAUGAGUUUAUUGCAGGGGGAAAGGGACACCCUCAAGCCCAAGACAUUUACACCAAAGUUGAUGAGAUGUUACAACGUAUAAGAUGUGUUGGCUAUGUGCCUGACACUGAUGGAGCAUUAUUGCAUGACCUUGUUGAGGAGGAAAAGGAAAACCCCUUGUACUACCACAGUGAGAAACUAGCAAUUGGGUUUGGCCUGUUGAAGACUAAACCUGGAGAAACUCUUCGUAUCUCAAAGAAUUUGCGUGUUUGUAAAGAUUGUCACCUUGCAACGAAGCUCAUCUCAAAGGUUUAUGAUCGUGAAAUAAUAGUCAGAGAUAGAAAUCGCUUUCACCAUUUUAAAAAUGGACAAUGUUCUUGUAAAGAUUAUUGGUAACCUUGUGUUAUAAUUAAUCUAUUUAAUUUAUAGGGUUCUUCAAGCGUGUUUGUAAGUAGGGUCAACAGUUAGAUAUAUAUGUUACCACUCUUGUAACUUCUAGUUAGCUCAAGUAGUAAAAUAUCUACACCAAUUUGUUUAUGGACA